AUGAAGGGACUCGCUCAUUUCACCCUCGCGGCCACGCUCAUCGCGGGAGUCGCUGAGGCUCAGCAUGCCAACCACCACCGUCACCUGCACGCCAAGAGGAACCCUGUCGCGAGGCGCUCCCCAGAGGUGGUCGUCAAGUAUGAGCAGGGCCCGACCGAGACCACCUAUGUUCUCGACGGCAAGCCCAUGAGCGCCGAGGAGGCCAAGGCCGGCAUUGCCGAUGGCCGCUACCUCGUGGUCGGCGAGUCCUCGCCGACCUUUUCGCCGUCGCCUACCCCCACGCCGAAGACGACCGCUCAAGCUGCCAUUUUCGUUGAGCAGAAGCCGACUACCACAUCGUCGUCCGAGACACCCAAGCCUACCUCGGCGGCCCCUUCGAGCUCCAGCUCCAGCUCCAGCUCCAGCUCGAACGACUCGUCCCCCAAGGGUCUGGAUGCCGAGUUCCCGAGCGGAAAGAUCCCUUGCUCAACGCUGCCUACCGACUACGGGGCAAGGCCUCUCAACUGGCUUGGCAUCGAUGGUUGGGCCAGCAUCAUGCAGCCUGAUGAUAAGAAGUGGACACCUGGUAACCUGAUCGCUACCCUCCACCAGACCGUUUCGGGAGGCUGCACGGCGAACUGCUUUUGCUCUUACGCAUGCCCCAACGGCUACCAGAAGACCCAGUGGCCCGAGACUUCGCAGGGUGCGACCGGACAGUCCAUUGGCGGUCUGUGGUGCAACGCCGAUGGCUUCCUUGAGCUCACCAGGCCCGAGGUCAAGACCUUGUGCACACCGGGCGCCGGCGGCGUCUUCGUUCAGAACAAGCUUCCCGGCAAAGCCGUGGUCUGUCAAACGGACUACCCCGGCAACGAAAAGAUGUCGAUUCCUCUCGAGACCCUGUCCGGCCAGAAGUACACGCUCACCAACCCCGACGCCAAGAAGUCGUACUUCUGGAAAGGGUCUCCCACCAGCGGCCAGUUCUACGUCAACCCGCUAAAUGUCGCGGUUGAGGAUGCCUGUGUCUGGAACAGCCCCACUAACCCUGACUCCGCUGGUAACUGGGCCCCCGUCAACAUGGGCGUUGGCAAGGAUGUUCACGGUAUCACCUACCUUUCCAUCUUCAAGAACCUGCCUACCAGCCACGCUGAGCUCGAUUUCGAUAUUGAGAUCACUGGUGACAUCACUGCUCCCUGUGCCCUCAAGGGCGGCCAAUACACUGGUGGUGGCAAUGGCUGCACUACUGCCAUCAGCAAACCCGGUGGUACGGCGACCAUCGUUUUCAGCAAGGGCAGCUAG